AUGCACCAGGAGCAAGCGAUAAGUUUUGCAAGCAGUGCUCUAAAAGAAAUCCCAGUGAAUGCGUGUUUGACAAAGAAGGGAAAUCCAGGAGCAACAAAAAACACUGAUCGCUGCUUUCCAGCGAAACAAUUGGAAGAGCUGGUCAGUCUGCCAGGAGGAUUACAAAGGAUCAACGAUUUUGUGGUAUCGAAAUUGGGUCAAUCAUGCAGACUGAGAGGCUUAGACUCUCAACAUCUGUCCGUACCUCAAAUUCCCUUACCUGACCCCGAUCAAGGAAUCGCACCGAUUAGUCGAGAAGCAUACGCCACAUCGGCAUCGCAAAUGGACACGCUGGCUGCCAUUGGCGACACUGAGGUUGGACCUAUAAAUCUACCGUUCAUUCAAGUGCAGUUACCUCUUGCAAACGAUAGCGACAGUGGUGGUCCCUACGAUCAGUAUGGUAGCCUGGCGGCGCAUCCAAAUACCCUGUUCAACUUUGGUGGCGAUGUAGGCUUGCCCCAGAUAUACAAUCCUCCAACUCAUUUCGAAAACUUCGGGCUGGAAAAUGCUGACGAGAACCCUCGAUAUGCGUACAAUCCUAAUUUUCAAGCUGAAAAUAAUGAGAAUUCCGAAUAUUUCAAGUAG